GCGCACCAAACCACCGGAAGUUUAAGCUUCGUAGCAUUCAUGUGGGUCCGUGUUAACAACAAAGUGUGUUGACUUUCUUCUACGGUUUGAGUAAUAUUUUACGUAAAUUUUAGGUUAAAACAUGUCCGACAACGAAGAUAACUUCGAUGAUGGAGAUUUUGAUGAUGCCGAGGAGGAUGAGGGAUUAGAUGAUCUCGAAAACGCGGAAGACGAUGACCAGGAGAACGUGCAGAUCCUGCCCGCGGGAGAGGGCCAGCAGGCAAACCAGAAGAGGAUCACAACUCCGUACAUGACCAAAUACGAGAGGGCCAGAGUGCUGGGGACACGAGCCCUCCAGAUAGCGAUGUGUGCUCCAGUUAUGGUGGAGCUGGAGGGAGAAACAGACCCGCUGCAGAUAGCUAUGAAAGAACUAAAGAGCAGAAAGAUCCCCAUCAUCAUCCGCAGGUACCUUCCCGAUGGGAGUUACGAGGACUGGGGUUGCGACGAGCUCAUCAUAACUGAUUAAACAUCUUAUGAAGCAGUCUACGCUGACAGAUCAGCCUAAGCUGCUUCACAGCCACCACCCUAACUGGUUUUACAGCUACACAAACCCAGUGGAGGAGUCUCCUUCACGCCCACUCCCAGAUCCAGUCGCUGUAAUUCUCCAGUGACUGUAAACAUGAGGUGUACUGCAUAAGACUACUUAAAGACUCAAAAUAAUGCAAAACAAAUUAGUAUGCUGUUUAUAGUUCAUAAUCCUGUGAACUUACUUAUUGUUUUCCCCUCUAACUAUUUGUUUAGUGUUCAUCACAACCCAGCUCAUUUUUUCGUCUUUCUUUUAUCUGGUACCCACUGAACUCAAUUGUUUUAGCGGCUGCAAUGCUUCUAAGAGCCACAAGGGGGAGAUAUAUCUCAGUCAAACACUUAAGUUUUAUAAAGGAAUCCUGUAUUAUGAAGUAUUUGUGUUUUUGAAAAGAGGUGAUUGUAGUGAAAUUACAGUUUUAUUGUUAUAAAUAAAGAUUUUUGUAUAAAGAGUUUGAUUUAUGUUACUUACACUAUGAAAUGUAAACAGAGGUUUACAAUGAGGGUGAAGUUACACUCUCUGGGUUCAUAAGUCAUAAAGACUUAGGAAUCCUACUGCAACAAGCACUAAAUGCACACAUUACUGUAGUAGAUCGAUAGAUAACAGUAAGAAUCCUCACUUCCGACAGUGGGUGUUGAUGUUUACACGGAGAAGUAUUGUCACAGUCAUGAUGCAUGGUGUGUGUGGCUCCCCCCGCCCCACUCCAUAAACACAAAGCAGCCAAACAGUCAGUGUAUUGUUUUAGGAGAAAUGGGUUGUUGCCCGGGCAGAGAGACGGCGAGUGAAUGCGGGAAGACAGAGAGAAAGUUUGUGAGAAAACAGAUUAAAGGAUUUCAUGUAGGAGGCAGUGUGUGAUGAUACUCUAGUAAAUAGGCGAGCGGAUUAUAUGUUGCUUGUGUGUGUGUUUGUGGGAGCUCCGUGACAUGUAUGUAAAGACAGAACUGAUUUGAAAGGGAAAAAAAAAUGCAGCUGGUAAUAAAACUGAUGAAGAAA